AUGCUAACUGGAUUAAUGGACAAUCAUUGGAAGGCUUGCACUGAUUGGGUUAACCCUAAUGGAAAACCUAAUCUCCAAUUUUUCUCCACUCAUUUUGGUUCCUCCAAAGUUCAGGUUGCAGACUGUGAUACCAGAGAUUUUACUGAUCAAAAAAGGGAGGACAUGUUGGUUUCCGAUUUCGUUCGACUUUGCUUUAAAUAUGAAGGUUCUGCAGUUCAGUGCAGUAAUCAAAUUGGUGUAAGUAAUGGUGACUCUGCAUCUGUACCGUAUUUGAAGGAUUGGCAUUUUGUGAAGGAGUAUCCUGAUUACGUACCAUACAUCACUCCGAUGUUCUUUUGUGAUGAUUGGCUCAACUUGUAUCUCGAUAACUUUAGAAUGAAUACUUAUUCCGACAGAGACCAGCAAAAUAAGGAAAUAUGUUGCUCUGACUAUCGUUUUAUUUACAUGGGAGUAAAAGGUGUGAUUUUAGUUGGGAAGAAAUCUUGA